AUGCCUGAAAAUUUUGGUGUUUCAGGAAACCAGUCCCAGAUUCUGCAGCCAUGUAGUUCAUCGUCUUCAGUCCAGACAACAAGCUCUACCAUUCCAAAUGAAAGUGAUGUUCCCUGCAUAGCAAGCGGUCAACUUCGUUUAGUAGGUGGAGGCGGUCGCUGUGCUGGGAGAGUAGAGGUCUAUCAUGAUGGCUCCUGGGGCACCAUCUGUGAUGACAGUUGGGAUCUGAUUGAUGCCAGUGUGGUGUGCAAGCAGCUGGACUGUGGUGUGGCUAUUAAUGCCACGGGUUCUGCCUACUUUAAGGAAGGAACAGGGAAUAUCUGGCUAGAUGAGAUCAACUGCACUGGCAAAGAAUCUCACAUUUGGCAAUGCCGCUCACAUGGCUGGGGGCGCCAUAACUGCAGGCACAAGGAGGAUGCUGGUGUCAUCUGCUCGGAGUUCAUGUCUCUGAGGCUGGCCAAUGAAGUUCCUAGCGAGACCUGCACAGGUCACCUGGAAGUGUUUUACAAUAGUACAUGGGGAAGUAUCGGCAGCAGCAAUAUGUCUCCAACCACCGUUGGAGUGGUGUGCCAUCACCUGGGCUGUGCAGACAAGGGGACCAUGAAACCCACAUCUUCAGACAAGACACCAUCCAAGCUCAUGUGGACAGAUAAUGUGCAGUGUCCGGAAGGAGUUGACACCUUGUGGCAGUGCCCCUCAUCUCCGUGGAAACAGAGACAGGCCGGCCCUUCCGAGGAGUCCUGGAUCAUCUGUGACAGUGAGUAUCCAUUGUCAACAGGAAGUUCCCAUUCUGCUACUCCACUGUCAGCUUCUGAGAAAACAUGA